UUCUGCAGCCUCUGCUAAAGAAUUAACUGAGAGGUCCGCUUCAGAGCUCCUUCUACCCUCCGGAAAAAAAAAAAAAAAAAAAAAAAAAAAAAAAAAAAAAACCAAAAUAAAAAAGGCGAGGAAAGAAAAGAAAAGGAAAGGAGGAAAAAAAAAAAAAAAAAAAAAAAAGCGGAGACAUCGGUGCUUUCAGACGAGGAGCGUGGCUGCUGUGAUUUCCGAGAGGAGGGGAGCUUUACCUUCGAUCCUUGCCGAAUUGCGGGAGGUGAAUGUAGCAAACCCUCCCCUUGCCUUUGAAAGGCAUGUCUCUGCCAAAGAGCUACCGCUCCGCUCUUGAAAUACGUGACAAAUAAAAAAGAAACCAAAAAAAAAAAAAAAAAAAAAAAAGGAGAGAGAAAGAGAGAGAAACGAUUUCUAUCUUUCGAAUUCUUUUUCUUUAAAAGGACGAAAAAAAAAAAAACCAAAAUACCAAACCAAUAAAUAAAAGCAACAAAAUCAAUGCCGCGCCUCUGCCAGCGCUCGGACUUGUUUGGAAAGAGACAACGCUGAAGUGGCACUGGUCCCGAGGAAAACGGAUCCUUUAAUUUGACUCCGCAUGAGAAGCGCACUCGGAGCGGGCGCAGCGGCCGCAGCGGCAGCAGCAGCCCCGCAGCCCCCGCAGCCCCCGCGGGGCUCGGAGCCCCCCGGGCCCGCCCGGAGCCGAGAGGGAAGGCAGAGCUGCUGAAUUCGGAGCGCUCCAGCCGCCGCACUCACCGCCUUUGACUUUGCUUCAGCGGGGAGCUCGUCGUGCAUCCCGGGCUCCGGGACCAGCUCAUUUUGCACUUCGUUCAACCAGCAGCGAGGUCGUUCGCUUUCCCUUUUUUUUUUUUUUUUUUUUUCCUCCUUGAGAGAAAAAAUGUCCAAAAAUGGUUCAGCCUGCUUAGCCAGAUGAUUUCUUGCAUGGACGCUCUAUUUUCUUUCUUUCCUUUUUAUUUUUUUUUUUUUUUUAAUUAUUAUUUUUUGGACGGAGAAGGAUUGAGUAGAAGAAAUCGUUCAGUGAAGGGAACCCAGCAGUUUGCUCCCCGUUGAAGAGAUCGAGAUCCGACUCCCAGCUGCACGCAGAAGGUUUCCGUGGGUCUUUCAGUCUGGGUUUCGAAGCCCUCGCUGCUGCAGGGUCAGAGCAGAACUGCCUCCUCCGAGCGGCUUUCCUGUGCUGGUUGUAGCUCAGAGAUCGCCUCCCCCCUCCUCGCACCAUUUCUGUUGGUGUUGUUUUAGUUUGGUUGGUUUAGCUUUAUUUUUCCCUCCCCUUUUUGUCUUUUUUUUUUCCCCUUCCUUUAUUAUUAUUAUUAAUUAUUUGAUUUGAUUUGGGUAAAUUCCCUUCCUUAAACGAAAAUACAAACUCUGCAGUGGAAAUCCAUGCCCCCCUGCCAUUCGGAAGAAUCGGGUCUAAUAUGCCAGUGACAUCCCCGCCUUGCAGCAGUCGCGAUGAAGGAAAAAUCCAAGAACGCGGCAAAGACUAGACGGGAAAAAGAAAAUGGAGAAUUCUACGAACUGGCCAAACUCCUACCCUUGCCCUCGGCCAUCACCUCGCAGCUGGACAAGGCGUCCAUCAUCCGCCUCACCACCAGCUACCUGAAAAUGCGAGCAGUCUUCCCCGAAGGUCUGGGCGACGCCUGGGGACAACCGAGCAGGGUCGGGCCGCUGGAUAACGUGGCCAUGGAGCUCGGAUCCCACUUGCUCCAGACUUUGGAUGGCUUUGUGUUCGUGGUGGCGUCCGAUGGCAAAAUCAUGUACAUUUCUGAGACAGCAUCAGUGCACCUUGGCCUGUCCCAGGUGGAGCUCACUGGAAACAGCAUUUAUGAGUACAUCCAUCCCUCUGACCACGAUGAGAUGACUGCAGUCCUCACUGCCCACCAGCCUCUUCACCCUCACCUCCUGCAAGAGUAUGAAAUCGAGAGAUCCUUUUUCCUGAGGAUGAAGUGUGUCCUGGCCAAGAGGAAUGCAGGGCUGACGUGCAGUGGCUACAAGGUGAUCCACUGCAGUGGCUACUUGAAGAUCCGUCAGUACAUGCUGGAUAUGUCCCUGUAUGACUCCUGCUACCAAAUCGUGGGGCUGGUGGCUGUGGGGCAAUCUCUGCCUCCCAGUGCAAUCACUGAGAUCAAGCUCCACAGCAACAUGUUUAUGUUCAGAGCCAGUUUGGAUUUAAAGCUGAUAUUCCUCGAUUCCAGGGUCACAGAAUUAACUGGAUAUGAACCCCAGGAUCUGAUAGAAAAAACCCUCUACCACCACGUGCACGGCUGUGACGUUUUCCACCUGAGAUACGCUCACCACCUGUUGCUGGUGAAAGGCCAAGUGACCACCAAGUACUACAGGCUGCUGUCCAAGCAGGGAGGCUGGGUGUGGGUGCAGAGCUACGCCACCAUCGUGCACAACAGCCGUUCGUCACGGCCUCACUGCAUAGUGAGUGUCAAUUAUGUCCUUACAGAUAUUGAGUACAAGGAACUUCAGUUGUCACUGGACCAGGUUACCAUUUCCAAGUCACAGUUUUCAUGCAGAAACUCAGUACCUACCUCGCAGGAAACAAGGAAAAUAGUAAAACCCAAAAGUAAUAAAAUGAAGGCAAAACUCAGAACAACACCUUACCCACCACAGCAGUACAGCUCGUUCCAGGCAGACAAACUGGAGUGCAGCCAGGUGGGGAGCUGGCGCUCCAGCCCCGCCGCCAGCGCCGCCGCCCUGCAGGAGCAGAGCUUCCAUUCAGAGAGCAGCGAGCUGCUGUACGCCCCUCCCUACAGCCUGCCCUUCUCCUACCACUAUGGACACUUCCCUGUGGAUUCCCACGUCUUCAGUGGCAAGAAGCAAAUGCUGCCUGCAAAAUUCGGGCAGGCCCAAGGGGCGCCCUGCGAGGUGGCGCGGCUCUUCCUGGGCGCGCUGCAGACCAACGGCGAGUGCCAGUGGCACUAUGCCAACUCGCUGGUGCCCAGCAGCCAGUCACCCUCCAAAAACCUUCCUGAGCAGCCAGUCAACAUCAUCAGGCACAACCUUGCCCAGGGUUAUGAAGUGCCACUGCCCAGCAGGAGGUACAGCCAGGACGCUCUGCCCGAGGCCUUCCCCAGCUGCACGGCGCCCGUGCCGGGCAGGUACAAGGAGGAGUUUUACGACUCUGGCAUCAUGAAACACAGCAAAGCCGAGCCCAGGCUGCAGCCCCCAGCCCACCUCAUCAAAGAGGAGCACAAGCUGCCUUUCCACAGAGACCUGCAGGAAAAGAUGAGCGCCAGGGCUCAAGACGAGGGCUCGUUCCCCGGCGCGCUGCUGCCCAAACCCGAGUGCUGCCAGGCCAAGGCCGUGGGACAGCUGGGCCACCUGCUGCCCGUGCCCUCGGCCUACGAGCAGGGCAGGAGGAUUUGUGUCAAAGAGCCCAAACUGGGGCACGCCGGCCACCAGCCGGGCAGCCUGCAGCAGCUGGAGGGCGAGAGGAUGGGCGCCAAGCUGGAGCAGGGGGCGGAGGGCGAGCGGCUGAUGGAGGUGAGGCCUGCGGGCCAGGUGCCCCUGGUGCUGCUCAAUUACCACCACGUGCUGGCCAAGCACGGGGCCUUCCCCGGCUCCCCCUGCACGGCCCCGGGACACGCGGCCGAGAGUUAUCCCUACGGCCCCGAGGAGCUCAACGCCUUCGUCUACAAGAACCAAAGCCCCUCCUCGGCCUCCUCCCCGGAAAGCCACAAGGAAUCCGCGCUGCCCCAUUACAUUGGGACUUCCGUCAUCAUCGCCAACGGCAGGUGACGGCAGCACGGGAGGGGUUUUGUGUCUUAAUGAAGAAGCCAAACUGGAAUCAUUUGCAGGAUAAAAAAAAAAGGAGAAAAAAGCGUGAGGAAACACGGUGACAUUUACUGAGCAAAGCUGAGGGACAAAGUGAGGAGUCCCAGUGGCCAGGAAAAUCCCCUCCAUCCCCUGCCGUGCUUCAAAAAGCUCUGGUGCCCAGUUCCAGAUCUUAUUUUGGUUAUUUUAUAGUGUGCAGCAAAAGGAAACGAGAGGUGUUAUAUGCAGAGGUUUAUAUGAAGAACUUUUUUUUUUUUUUUUCCUUGACCCCUCCUUAAAAUAAACUCAAGAUUUUUUUUUUUUUAAUCAUUAUCAUAAAAUAUGCAUUCUAGUUUAGGGUUUUUUGACAAAUUGUGUGAAAUCUCGCAUCAGCUCUCCACCCAACCCCCCUGACAAAUGGACUUUGGUGAGAGAGUGGUGAUUUUGAGCAACCACAACACAGCUGUCCCACCCAAAAAAAAAAAAAAAAAAAAAAAAGCUUAUUUAUUAAUUACCGAAAAGUUUUAAAACUAAAUAAAUCAACCUUAAAUUUGAUUUAUUUAACAGAGAUUUCAGUGUUCUGAGAUUGUUGCCACCACCAUUUAUCUUGACAAGGGACAAUAUGACAAAUUAAUAAGUACAAAGAUAGGUAUUACAGGGUUACAGGUCUUGUCAUGGUAAAUUGGGACAAAUUAUGGAGCAGGAACUAAUUCCCCACAAAUAAGAAAAGGAAACUCCUAAAUCCUGUGUUUCCCUGAGUAUUCUGGGAGAAGUCUGUGCAGAUUUUCAACCCAGCCAGUCACAAAUACAUAUUAAUAACAGCACCAGAAAUGUUUUCUUUAUAGUCAAGAGAAUAAUGAACAUUUAUGCCUUAUUUCGAACUUACCAGUAGAACUAUGAGCUUUGAAAUGUCCAGCUCUUAACACACUGAACUUCCUCCAGCAUAAAUCCUGUUGUCAGCACAAAGGUAGGGCUGGAGUUCCCUGAUUUGAGCACUUCACAAAUCCCAAACAGCACAUUUGAAACACUCACUUUCAGCCCAGGCAGCCAGGAAUAGAUUUUUCACCCCCUUUAUUUUUAAUUCUUUGGAGAGGAUGGAUCUGUGUGACAACACUCAGCCCAGGGUGGUUUUCAGCCACUUCCCCAAACAUUGUGAGAGAAUAAAACAACAAAAGGUUCCCUAAACAAUAAAUGUGGUUCUAGAUCCUACUCAGCUCCAUUUCUUACCCCAAUCCAAGCUUAAUUCAGAAUUUUCCAAACUUUCUCCCAUCAGACUCCAAAGAGAACUUCACUGAAAAACCUUGAGCAUCCUGGGAUAGUGGAAGGUUCCCUGCCCAUGGUUGGAACUGGAUGAGCUUUAAGGUUCCUUCCUACCCAAACCAUUCCAUGAUUCUUUGAAGAAAAAUUCUUACCUGGUUUGUGUAAUAUGGAAAUUGUUCAUGGAUUGCACCUUGUCACAAAAAUCCCAAUGCAAUACUCAGUCCUAAAAAUUCCACGUUCUCCAUCUUUUCUAUGCAGCAAUAAUUCAUCCCAGAAUGAUCCGGGUUGGGAGGGACCUUGAAGCUCAUCCAGUUCCAAGCCCCUGAAAUAGGCAGGGAAAUUUCCAGUGGAAUACAGUAAUAAAGUUAUUUCCUUCUGUGUAUGAAUAUUGAUUCCUGUGAGUACACAAAAAUACUUUUAAGAGCAAAGGCUUGAAAACAAUUUUCAGGGUUUUUUUCACUUCUUCCUAUUAAAGGUUAACAGAGAAAUCUUUAUUGAUGUUGAAUAACUUGAACUGAACACUCUCAGCUGUUGUUUUCAAUUGCAUGGAAAAUCCAUUUUGUGCUAAACAAAACAAACAAACAAAAAAGCCAAAUCAGUGAUGACAAAAAAAACCCAAAUCAGAACCAAAGCAGCAGAGUGACUCCCUCAGCAGCCUCGGUGUGUUCAAUGCUGGAGGAGCUGGCAAGCCCCCAGAAAAGCUGUAAAUGUGGAUUACAAUCAUGCUGACCCCAGAAAUCAAAGCCAGGAGACACCAGUGGCUUUUCCAGUGGUUCAGAGCCCUCCCAGCCCCAGCUCCUCAUAAACGACCCCAAACUCCUGAAAAGAUAAUUAUGCCAAGACUCUUGGGUUAAUUUAGUUCAAUUAAAUUAAACCCAUGCCCUACAAAGGAGCCCCUGGCAUGGUUGGCAUCAUUAAAAAGAAACCUGAUGCCCAACCCCUCCUGCUGCACUUUCUCCCUCAUUAGAGGCACUGCUGCAUUUUGGUGUUCCUGGAAGUCCUGCUUGCUAUAAAAACACAAAAAUUAGGUUUUGCUUGAAAAAAAAAAUAACAAAAACCCACCAUUGAUAUUUUUCAGCUUGAUAUUUUUCAGCUCAAUAUUUUUCCACCUUGUUAUUCCCUUUUCCAGGCUUUAUUCCAGAGCAGAGGAGGUGUUCCAUCAUCCUCCCCCAGGUGUUUUAGGGGAGGUGAUGCCCAGGCACAGGAAAUUUCCCUGCCAGGCAAUAAGGAAACAAUUAUGAAUUCACAGCUGAUAAUGCAGGGGAAGGUGCAGAAAAGAUGGCAAAAGCAAAUGUGGGAAGGAUAUUUUUUUUUCCUGCAAUAUUUAAACAGUAAUUCCAUGUUCCCAUCUGGGAGUAAAUUACAUUGGGAGAAAAAUAGGAUUUUUGGGCAGUUAAAUUACAGAUGUUCUCAGCACAAUCAUAGUACAGAACAGGGCACUGCCAUCACAGUGGCAGUGGUUUAAUACUGAAAAAUGGUUUUAAUAAUGAAAAAAAACAAUGAUGGCACUGAAGGGGAAUGUGAAUUGAAAAGUUUUAUGAAAAAUAACCUCAUUUCUCUUUAGCAUUUGGGCCACACCUUUGUCAUGAGACAUUAUAAGGUUUUAACUCUAAGGGGAGUUCAGAACUGGCAAGAAAAUAAUGGAAAAUGAAAGAAAGAAAGAGGGAAUGUUUUACCAAAAUCAUAGAAAAUUUAAAGAUCUCAUUCCACCUCCUGCCAGUCAGGGAAUCUUCCCCCAGACCAAGGUGAAGCUGGAAAAGUGAAUCCCACAUUGAGGUCUCCAAGCUUUGGAACAGUGCAAUGGAAAUAAAAUAAGGUGAUAAAGGCACAGAUUUGUCCCCAGGUCUCUGUGCUCUGUAAUUUAAAAAUUUAAUUUAAGGAAAUUCAGCACAAUAGGUGCAAAAUUGGGGAAUUCAUUACUGGAAGUGCCAGUGAAAGGGAAGCCUGCCAGAAUUUCUCCAGGAAUCACAAGACAGGACAUUAAUUUUUUUUUUUUCCAGUAUUUCAGUCACACUUCAAAAAGGCCACAGAGGAAAUGUUGUUAUUCCAUUUUACCCCUGGAGGUUAGAUUUUGCUUUUUUUUUUUUUUUUUUUUUUUUUUAAUAUGAUGCAGAUAAAAGCUAUUUGGCAAGU